AUGCAUUUCUGGAGCUUAUUCGAAUCUUUGCUAUUUCUAACUUCUUGCGUCUGUGGUUACUGGCAUAGACAAGGAAAUACAAUGGUGGAUAGCCACAAAGGGGAAAGUCUAGAUCUGUUCCACGUGCAACGGUCCGAUAUGGGCGCAUACUACUGCAUUGCAAGCAACGGCGUGCCUCCCACUGUCAGCCGCCGAUAUCACGUGCAAGUGCAUUUUAUACCACAGGUGAAAGUGACAAACCAACUAGUUGGAGCGCCUAUAGGCAGUGACGUCCAACUACAAUGCUACAUAGAGGCUUCUCCAAAGGCCAUGAAUUCCUGGUACCGAGAGGAUGCUCUCGUAAGCGACAAAUUAUUUGAAAAUCCCAAGCUCCGUAUAUCAGAAAGCGUGGUUAACGAAUACUCUUUGUGGAUGAACUUGACGAUAAAGUCAUUGGCGCCAAAGGAUUUCGGAACUUAUGUCUGCGCUUCUGUCAACGCUCUAGGAAAGAUGGAGAAUCAAGUCAGCUUACAUAGGUUAGAGCUGAGUGUGAAUGGUUUCGCUGAGGAGCCGAUGGUGUCCGGUGCCGCUUGGCAGCGCCGCCCGCGGCCCCACCACAUUCAACGCGCACCCAGCAGCGUCACACGCACAACCGUUCUCUUUCGCACACCACAUCCCGCCCCAGCUGUACGCUCUAGUCCUUCCGACGCUGCGCUACCUUAUAACGUUGUAGAACAUCGUAAU